GGGCUCCCGGAAGCAUGCCUCAGGCCGACGUGGCAGAAGGAGUGGCCUGGCCCUAGAGCAUGGGGCGGAACUUCCGGGGACGACAUGCUAGCCCCCCUCGGAACCGGAAGUCGAGCCUGGGAGCCUUGACGUUAGGAACGAAGUCGAACCUGGAUCUGGAGCCGGGUCAGAUCAAGUCGGGGAUGCUUUCAUAAUGAAUGUCAACCAGUCAGCUCCACCUGUUCCACCAUUUGGGCAGAACCAGCCCAUCUACCCAGGGUAUCAUCAAUCUAGUUAUGGUGGGCAACCAGGACCUGCAGCCCCUGUUACCCCCUAUGGAGCCUACAAUGGCCCAGUGCCAGGCUAUCAGCAGGCACCUCCUCAAGGUGUGCCGAGAGCCCCACCUUCCUCGGGGGCACCUCCGGCCUCUGCAGCACAGGUUCCUUGUGGUCAGACUACAUAUGGCCAAUUUGGCCAAGGUGAUAUACAGAAUGGGCCAAGCUCCACAGCUCAGAUGCAAAGGGUCCCUGGUUCUCAGCAGUUUGGGCCUCCAUUGGCCCCUGUGGUCAGCCAGCCAGCUGUGCUUCAGCCCUAUGGCCCUCCCCCCACAAGUACACAGGUGACUGCACAGCUGGCCGGAAUGCAGAUCAGUGGUGCUGUGGCCCAAGCCCCUCCCCCUUCUGGGUUGGGCUAUGGUCCACCAACAUCAUUGGCCUCAGCCUCAGGAAAUUUCCCUAAUUCUGGUCCAUAUGGCUCCUAUCCUCAGAGCCAAGCUCCUCCCCUUAGCCAGGCUCAAGGUCAUCCUGGAGUCCAGCCUCCCCUGCGAUCUGCCCCACCACUGGCUUCCAGCUUCACAUCCCCAGCUUCAGGUGGUCCUCGGAUGCCUUCCGUGACUGGGCCACUCCCGCCUGGACAGGGCUUUGGGAGUCUCCCAGUAAACCAGGCUAACCACGUGUCCUCGCCUCCUGCUCAUGCUCUGCCCCCAGGCACCCAGAUGACUGGGCCCCCAGUACCACCACCACCACCUAUGCACUCCCCUCAACAGCCGGGUUAUCAGCUGCAGCAAAAUGGUUCCUUUGGACCAGCCCGAGGCCCUCAACCUAAUUAUGAGAGCCCAUAUCCUGGAGCACCUACUUUUGGCAGUCAGCCUGGGCCUCCUCAGCCAUUGCCUCCUAAGCGCCUGGACCCUGAUGCCAUCCCUAGCCCUAUUCAGGUUAUUGAAGAUGAUAGAAACAACCGGGGUUCAGAGCCAUUUGUUACUGGUGUACGGGGACAGGUGCCACCUUUAGUCACCACCAAUUUCCUGGUAAAAGACCAAGGGAAUGCAAGCCCCCGUUACAUUCGAUGCACAUCCUAUAAUAUCCCGUGUACAUCUGACAUGGCUAAGCAGGCUCAGGUGCCUCUGGCAGCUGUCAUCAAGCCACUGGCAAGGCUGCCCCCAGAGGAGGCUUCACCAUAUGUUGUGGACCAUGGCGAAUCUGGCCCCCUGCGCUGUAAUCGCUGCAAAGCAUACAUGUGCCCUCUCAUGACAUUCAUUGAGGGAGGGAGGCGCUUCCAGUGCUCUUUUUGCAGCUGUAUCAAUGAUGUUCCUCCCCAGUAUUUUCAACAUCUGGAUCAUACUGGCAAACGUGUUGAUGCUUAUGACCGUCCUGAGCUGUCUCUGGGAUCUUAUGAAUUCUUGGCUACUGUAGAUUACUGUAAGAACAAUAAAUUCCCUAGUCCUCCUGCCUUCAUCUUUAUGAUUGACGUCUCUUACAAUGCCAUCAGGACUGGUCUUGUUCGGCUCCUCUGUGAGGAGCUCAAGUCACUCUUAGACUACCUGCCUAGGGAGGGUGGAGCAGAAGAGUCAGCAAUCCGAGUUGGCUUUGUCACCUAUAAUAAAGUGCUCCACUUCUACAAUGUGAAGAGCUCCUUGGCUCAGCCACAGAUGAUGGUUGUAUCUGAUGUGGCUGACAUGUUUGUGCCAUUGCUGGAUGGCUUCUUGGUCAAUGUCAGUGAGUCUCGGGCCGUUAUCACCAGUUUAUUGGAUCAGAUUCCAGAAAUGUUUGCAGAUACAAGAGAGACAGAGACAGUAUUUGCUCCAGUUAUCCAGGCGGGGAUGGAAGCUCUGAAGGCUGCCGAGUGUGCAGGAAAGCUGUUUCUGUUCCACACGUCCUUGCCCAUUGCAGAGGCCCCAGGGAAGCUGAAGAAUAGAGAUGAUAGGAAGUUGAUCAACACAGACAAGGAGAAGACUCUGUUUCAGCCUCAGACAGGUACCUAUCAGACUCUGGCCAAAGAGUGUGUGGCCCAAGGCUGCUGUGUGGACCUCUUCCUCUUCCCUAACCAAUAUGUCGAUGUGGCCACACUUUCUGUUGUUCCCCAGCUCACUGGAGGCUCUGUCUACAAAUAUGCCUGCUUCCAGGUGGAGAAUGACCAGGAACGGUUCUUGAGUGACCUGCGUCGGGAUGUACAGAAGGUGGUUGGCUUUGAUGCUGUUAUGCGGGUUCGGACAAGUACUGGUAUCCGUGCUGUAGAUUUCUUUGGAGCUUUCUACAUGAGCAAUACAACAGAUGUGGAGUUGGCUGGACUGGAUGGAGACAAGACAGUGACUGUGGAAUUCAAGCAUGAUGACCGGCUCAAUGAAGAGAGUGGAGCCCUACUGCAGUGUGCCCUGCUUUAUACCAGCUGUGCAGGGCAGCGUCGUCUCCGAAUCCACAACCUGGCCCUAAACUGCUGCACCCAGCUGGCUGAUCUGUAUCGAAACUGUGAGACUGACACGCUCAUCAACUACAUGGCCAAGUUUGCAUACCGGGCUGUUCUGAGUAGUCCCGUGAAGACUGUCCGUGACACUCUCAUCACCCAGUGUGCCCAGAUCCUGGCCUGUUAUAGAAAGAACUGUGCCAGCCCUUCUUCUGCAGGACAGUUGAUUCUUCCUGAGUGCAUGAAGCUACUCCCAGUUUACCUGAACUGUGUGUUGAAGAGUGAUGUUCUGCAGCCUGGAGCUGAGGUCACUACUGAUGAUCGUGCCUAUGUUCGACAGCUGGUUUCCUCCAUGGAUGUGGCUGAGACCAAUGUCUUCUUCUACCCUCGGCUCCUACCACUGACAAAGUCUCCCCUUGAUAGUACCACUGAACCACCAGCAGUUCGAGCCUCUGAAGAGCGUCUAAGCAGUGGUGAUAUAUAUUUGCUGGAAAAUGGGCUCAACCUGUUCGUCUGGGUGGGAGCAAGCGUUCAACAAGGCGUUGUCCAGAGCCUUUUCAACGUGCCCUCCUUCAGUCAGAUCACCAGUGGCUUGAGUGUUCUGCCAGUUCUGGAUAAUCCACUGUCUAAGAAAGUUCGAGGCCUCAUUGAUAGCUUACGGGCACAGAGAAUGCGGUACAUGAAGCUUAUCGUGGUCAAACAGGAAGACAAGCUGGAGAUGCUGUUCAAGCACUUCCUGGUGGAAGACAAGAGCCUAAGUGGAGGUGCAUCCUAUGUGGACUUUCUCUGUCAUAUGCACAAGGAGAUUCGGCAGCUACUGAGCUAAAGCAAGUGGGUAAAUGGCAUAGGGUCCCAGGCCAGCUUCCAGGAAGAACCCCAGAUUGGCAGAGAAAUUGGGACAGUUCCAUAUCUUAUAAGUCAUGUAAGCUGACCUCAGUUGACUUCUUUGGGGGGGGAGGGUGAGAUAUAAGGAGACACCUUCUUUCUGGGCUCAAAUACCCUACCACUCUGUCAUGUCCUGCUGAUUGAAGGUGCCCCAGGCCCCUUACUCUACCCCUUCUCCCGAUAAUCCUGUUGUAAUGAAUGUAGUUUCUCAGUUCACUGUAUAUGACUCGGUGUUGGGGUUUGGAGGCAGCCAGGCCCUGGCAACAAUGUGUCCCUUUGGACCAGCCUCCAAGAGGAAAGGGGCAGGCAGGAAGAAGUGGGAAUCCCAGGGUUAUUACAGGAGGUGGCAAAUUCAGCUCCGUGUCAUCAACAACUUCCUAUAUUAGGGAUAAAAUAUACAGGUGCACAAGAGCUGGGGUACAGACCGUAGGUGGUGGAGAGUAAAAUAGUUGGUCCUUUGGGGGCCUGGUGGUCAGUAGCAAAGUCAUAGUUACUGAGGAUGGAUGACUGGUUGUCUCUCUACUUCCACUGUGCGUGCUCUCUCUCCCCUGCAAUGAUUGGUGAGCACUUCGUCGACAGAAGCACAUAGCUAGAGAUGAGUGAGCCUGGGGUAAGAAUUGCAAAGCAUAUUAACAUCUAGGGGAAGUAGCAGCCUCCUUUCCAGAUGGAGAAGCCCCAAUCCUGGAUGGUUCUGUAGAGAGCCUGAUGGUCAACUUGCAAUACCUCACAGAGCCAGCCCACAUCCCACUCAGCUUCCACCAGAAACGUUGUUGGGGAGAGGCAGAGAUGGCAGGAGCCCUGUCUUCCGGUGCCAGGACGUUACUGGAAUUUGGUAUUGACUGAGUGGCUGACAAGUUAUCUUCCAACUCCAAUUGGCUGGGCAGGACAAGGGCUAGGAAUGACGGUGGUCAGGCUUGCCUGCUCCCAGCCCAGGAUGCCCCUGCUAUGGACCUUUCAUUUCUUUUCAUUGGUUUAUUUUUCAAUGCAUCUUUAAUUUGUAAAGAAAUAAAAUAAGAUGUAACCAGUA